AUGUUCACCCCCUCUCUCCUGGUUCUGCUCGCAUCAGCUGGCCUCAUUGAAGCCCGUUCGAUUCAUGAAGCUAGACAUCUCCAUGCACUCGUACAUCAGCGGGCUGCGGGUGGUGGUGGCGAUGCCACUGCUACGACUCUAGCUGCCGAUGCCAUCCAGAGUGGCUCAUUCAACGACGGCUCACUCGAGACUGGUUCUGAUGGGGCUACACAAGCUCUAUCCUUGACCUCGAGAAACAAUUUCAUUAACCACUGCGCUGGAAAGACUUUGACCAAUGGCCUCCAGUUCACCACUGGCUCCUGCAAUGGAAUCCCCAUGGGUGAUAUUCCAGCCAAGUCUCAAAUGGUCUCCAGUAUCAUUACUUUCCCGUUGAGUGGAUCGAAAACCAUCGAGUCUGACGUCACGUUCAAUAUCACUGUUCAGACUCAGAACCUUGUCGCUGGCUCUUUCACCAACGCCGAUGCAACCUACUAUGCUGCCCCCCAAGCUCUCUCAGGAGGCAAGGUCGUUGGACACACGCACGUGACCGUUCAAGACUUAGGUCCCAACUUGAACCCCAAACAACCACUGGAUGCCACCCAGUUCGCGUUUUUCAAGGGGAUCAACGACGCUGGAGACGGCAAAGGUGGGCUUACGGCUGUUGUUACUGGCGGUCUCCCUGCUGGCAACUACCGUGUCUGCACGAUGACAUCCUCGUCCAACCACCAGCCCGUCCUUAUGCCCGUUGCUCAACGUGGAACUCCUGAUGAUUGCACCAAGUUCACUGUCAUUGGUACCGGAACCACCAAGAACAUCGCUGCAAAUGACGGCUCAAAGGGACUUGCGGCGGCUUCUCUGGCGGCCGCGGCCGUGGCUCUUGGCCCAAAUGUCAACGUUGCCCAAUCCAGCGGAGGAAACGCCGGUAGCACAACAUCGACUUCCCAGGCUACCAGCACGAAUUCCGCGGCGGGAGGAAAGGGAGGAAAAGGCGGAAAGGGUGUUGUCAAGGGCAGUGCAGGGAAUAGCGGAAAUGCCGCCACCACAACAUCGACUUCCCAGGCUGCCAUCACAACCUUGGCGGCGGGGAAUGGAGGAAAAGGCGGAAAGGGUGGGAACGCCGGUAAUUCUACGACAGCCGCAAAGACAACGACCUCUGCAAAGACUACCAUCCGCGGAGGUGGAAAGGGUGUUGUCAAGGGUAGUGCAGGUAAUGGCGGCAAAGGCACCAAGACUGCUUCAGCCGCUCAAGUCAUCUCCACCACCGUUGUCCAGAAGGUAACGGUCAUCGAGUCAUUCUUCGAGUUCACCUUCGCUCUCGGAGGUCUCCCACCCUCCGUGUCCAAGAAGGGCAACCAAUUCUUCGUCCUUGAGCAACUCUUCGAAGAUAUCACCAUCGCCUGUGGAGCUGCUUGCGAGGAACAGUUCACCACCUGUACUGCGAUCGAAGGACCAGGCUUCUCCUUCGAGAAAUGCUCUACCCAAAAAGAGGCUUGCGGCGCUGCUGCCUCAUCCCAAUCUUCGAGUGUCGCUCCUGUAAAAAUCACUGCUACUAUCACGGUGCCUCCCACAGCCACUGUCACUGGCUCCGUUCUCUCGGAGACCACAAUCAGCACAACUUACACCAGCAGCCUAGCAAGCCCUACAGCCGUCCUGGCCAGUGGAGCAGCAGCCAUUGUGACCAGCGCCCCAGCUGUCGACAACGCGCAAGCCACUAGCUCAGCCUGCUCAUUGACUACGAGUACAGUCUUCGUCGAUACCCCAGCUGAAACCCAACCCGCGCUCGCAGUCGCUGCCCCCUUCUCCAACUCAACAAUAGCAACCGGAACUGGGUCUGCUGCUCCCGCAAUCAACACCGCAGCCCCCGCUUCCGGCUCCUCGGCCCUCGGCGGCAUCGCAGCCCUUUGA